AAUGUCCCACCCAGGACCCCUCUCCAGGAACCUCUCUUGGAACACCUUCCUGCGGGAGCAUGGCCCAGAAGUGCCGGAGGUUCCGGGCAUGACUGACCUCGUGGAGUACUAUGAUCCGGGGCCCUCCCCUGACAGCACCAACCCUGACGAUGUGGCCAUGCGGCUGGCCUUCAUCGGGGACGAGAUGGAAGUGAGAUGGAUGCUCCCCCGCAUUGGCGAGCUGCCCGGGAUGGCCAUGUACAGCUUGGCUUUUACCUACAACCAGACAGGCCUGAGAGGUGUUCUUAGAAGUUUCAUGGAUGGUCUCAGUAACCUCAGGGAGAGCAUACGCAUCUGGAGCUUCCUGACCUUCCGGAACAGGGUGACUCUUCUCCUGACCGCUCCUCCUUCCUCCCUCCAUCGGCCCUGGGGAGGGUCCCUCACGCUGGCUCAUCCUCCCACCUGUCCCCAGCCGACUGGCAGCUUCUCCUCCUCUCUCGGUCGUGUCCUCAGCUGUUUCCCCACCGCGCGUGUGCCCGUCUUCCUGGUUUUUGUCCCAGACCGGUCCCGUGUGCAGAUGCUCCCGUGUCCCCCACCUUCCCUGCCGCGUUCUUCACCCCCGCUCUCGGCCGCGCAGGCUCUCCCCUGUGUCCACAGGCAUAGGAGGCUCUGCAGACGGAGCGCGCCCGGCUGGAGGGCCUCACCUGUCCCCCCCUUCGUCCCACAGGUGCCCCCCAACCCAGGGCGCGGGCUGGUGCUGUCCCUGCUGCUGCUGCUGGUGCUGCUGCUAGGCUGGGGGCCCCAGCUCCAGUGACCCAGCCGCUGCGGGGGUGGGGGCGGGGCUGGCCCCCCGACCUCCACCCUGGAGGUGGCCUUGUUGGUUUUGUUGUCUUUUUAACUGUUUUCUGAUGAUCCCUUUUUUAUAUUUAAACUCUGAGUGCUGGGACACUACUGAGGUUUCAUACUAGUUUUUUUCUUUCCCUUUUUGUAAGAGAAAUGAAUUCAUUAUACCUCUGGGGUCGUUACUGGUUAACUGCCCGUGGGCCUGCUCUCCUGGCCCCAACCCACCAUUGUGGUGGCCUGUCCCAGGAAGGAGGGGGUCUUGGGGGGGGGGGGGAGUGCUGGCCACACCCCCGUGUCUGUGAUGGCCGGGACAAAGAGAGAAUCUGCUGGAAGAGAUUCUGAGGGGUGAGGAGAGCUCAAUAAAAU